UUAAAUUAAUUUGAUGUGUGAUGAAUUUCCUUAUUUACAUUAUAAACCUAAAAAAAUCAAAUAUGUUCUUCUAUCUUGGUAAAUGGAAGGUUUAAUUGUUUCUCAAUAUAUAGUUGCAAUAUAAUAAAAAAAAAAUUUAUAGUUUUGUUGAUCUGUGUAAUCAAAGCUAUUUGGUGGCUUUAAUGUUUUCAUGCUGUGUGUACUGUUCAUUAUGAUUACUGAUAUCAUAGACUAUUAACUCCCGACUGAUAAACCUAUUAGUUAGGAGUUAAUAGUCUAAACCAGUUGAGAAAAACUAAUAAGACAAUAUUUUAUAUAUAAUUCAGGAUCUGCAGGAAUACAAGUGUGGAUUUGAAAGUGUUCAAUUUUAUAGUUAUAAUUAUUAAAUAAAAUUAUCUUCUUAAUCCUCCAAAUCAGCCCAUAGGGCCAUAUUAAGUCUACAGAAGCAGCAGGUGGUUGUAUUGAACCUUCUUGAUGCCUAGCCCACGCCAGACAUUAAAUUAAACAAUCAUACUCACCCUAUUAAUGUCCACUCUAGUUGGAGGAAUAGCAAUUAAGAUUAUUCAAAUAUGCUGAUAUCACAUAGGUUGCAAAAAUAAUCAAUUGGUUGAGCCGCCUUACACGGGUCAAAUAAUAGCAAUGUACAGAAAUAUGGGUUUUAAGGUUUAACCACCACUUCUACCACCCCCUAAACUAAAUUAGUCUGGUUCUAGAAAAUCAAACAAAAAUUUCAAUCUUGUCUUACUAUAUAUAUUGUUACUGAAUUUAUACUAUAAUUUUGGACAGUCAUUUUAUAAUACUGAUUAUUGUACUUAAUUUUCUGUCUAAUGUAAAACCUUACCUACUUUGGUUUGAUUUAUUAACUGAAUAUUGAUUUUCAAUAUAGAUACCAUGGACGGCAAAGUAAAGUGACAGAAGGGACUAUAUGAGCAGAGAGCAAAUGAUUUCCAUUGAGAACAACAUGAAAAGUUCAAGAAACUGAGUAAUGUUGGAGAUGUCAAAGCACAGGGUGGAAAUGUACAGAGGAAAUUGAACAUUUACUAUAAGAAAUAAGUACUGGAUAUGUUUUUCUUCUUAAGUGAUCAAAAUAAUGGCUGAUAAAUAUGAGAAACAUUCAAAAUAUUAUUCCAACAGAGAUUCAAGAAAUAAAAGUAGAAAAAGAAGUAGAGAUGAGUCAAAAUAUAAUCAAAUUGAAAGCAAAACUCCUCCACUGCCUAUAAGACAUGGUUCUAGUAUUAAAGAAUUAAUAAAGCAAAGGCAAUCAAUUAAAGAAGAACUUAAAAAUAUUGCAAACAAUGGGAGCAAAAGUAAAGAUCUUAUUAAAAAAAGUAAAGUUGAGACAAAAAUUAAUAAACAAUCAAAUUUAGAAAACAGUUCUGAUAAUUUUAAAGGUGCCAAAGAAUUAAAACUGAUGUCAUUCAAUGAUACCUCACCUGAAAAAGUUCAUGAUUAUAACCAACUAGAUUCUGAAGAUGAAGAAAAUAUUAUAGAACAAAGAAGAUUACAACGAAAGCAGCUGUUAGAACAAUUAAAUGCAAAAACGUCUAAACCAGAGGUUAUAGUCAAACAGUUCCAAGAAAAUGGUGGCAAACUUAAAAAAGAGGCAGCAAAAGCUGCUGUUCAAUUGAAAACUAUAAAAAAUGUGACUGAUAUGUUCUCAGAGGAAGACUUUGCUCCAAAGAAGAGUUCAGAUAGUGUUACACAGGACAAUAACCAAGCAACUUCUCAAUUAAAUGACAACUGGGAUGACUGUGAAGGUUAUUAUAAUAUAAAAGUUGGGGAUAUGGUUGAUAAUAACAGAUAUACAGUUAAAUCUUUACUGGGGCAAGGUGUAUAUUCUAAUGUUGUAAAAGCUCAAGAUAAUAAAGCAAAUAGUGAAAUUGCAAUUAAAAUUAUCAGAAACAAUGAUUUGAUGUAUAAAACUGGUUUAAAGGAAAUAAAGAUAUUAAAAGAUGUGAAUGAUGCUGAUCCUGAAAAUAAAUAUCAUUGUGUGAAGCUACUUACACAUUUUAUGCAUAAAGGACAUCUAUGUUUGGUAUUUGAAGCUAUGCACAUGGACCUAAGAUGUGUACUUAAGAAAUAUGGUAAGAAUCACGGACUUAACGUGAAAGCUCUGAACAGUUAUAGUAGACAGUUGCUCCUAGCAAUUCGUCUGUUGAAGAAGGUUGGCAUUGUACAUGCUGAUAUAAAACCAGAUAAUAUUUUAGUUAAUGAAAAGAAGAAUAUUUUGAAGCUUUGUGAUUUUGGAUCAGCUAUGAAACUAAAUGAGAACGAACCUACUCCUUACUUAGUAUCACGGUUUUACAGGGCACCUGAAAUCAUACUGGGUAUACCUUACCAACAUGGUGUAGAUGUAUGGUCAGCUGCAUGUACAAUUUAUGAGAUGGCUACUGGUAGAAUCCUUUUCACUGGAAGUUCUAACAAUAGAAUGUUAAAAUGCUUUAUGGAUUUAAAGGGAAAGAUACCAAGUAGAAUACUAAAGAAAGGCAAAUUUAAGGACCAACAUUUCAAUUACAAUAAUAAUUUUCUUUUGCAUAAAAUAGAUGAAUUUACUGGAAGAGAAAAGGUUGUUGAAGUUACAAACAUAACUGUCUCAAGAGAUAUAGGUAAAGACUUAAAAAAGAGUUUUAAAAAUGCUAACAUUACUGAAAAGAGGAUUACAGAUUUAAAGGACCUCUUGGAUAAAAUGUUAGUUUUGGAUGGAAACCAAAGACUAUCAUCCACUGACUGUUUAAAACAUCCAUUUAUACAAGAAGGACUUAGGAAAUGAUUAGCUUAAAUAAAUAUUAUCAAUACAG